AGGUGCACAACAAGCCGAGCCCCGCCCCGCCCCGCUCCGCUGCGCACCGCAUCAAUGGAGGCAGCGGCGGAAUUCCAAUCAACGGAGGCGGCAGAAGGAGUCGAGCCUUCCGGAAUCGUCCUGGCGGAGAUCCUCCCGCCGCGCCUCGAGGACGCCGGCCUCGAAGACUGUGCUCUCCCGCUCGACUCCAUACACGAGGCCUUCCUCAAAGCCGCCACCGCCGUGGGCUCCCGCGGCGGCGGCGCCUUCGCCUCCGACGAUGAAGACGAUGACGAAGACGAGUCCGGAGCCCCGGAAGAAUCCGGCGAUCGAACUGGCAAUCCGUCUCCAGCCACUUCGGACGACUCCGAGGUAGCGAUCGAGAGGGAAUCUGUGGCUGAGGACGGCGACAGCGGCGGGACUGCGACGAGGAAGGGCGUGGACGAGGAAGCUUGUGCAGCGGGUCUACAGAGGAAACUGGAAAUCCAGUGAGCGACCUCUGUGUGGGUAACGAGUGAAGUGCCCUGUGCUAGUUGAUGUAUUAUUUGUGGGAAGAUCAGUAGAAGAGAUGGCGGCAUCUCGGGAUUCGCCAGUAUAAAGUUGAAACCUUUGAACAAAGAAUUUGCAAUAUAUGCUUGUGUUAGAUUUUUGUAUCUUCUCAAUUGGAACACGUGCUGCUGCUGCUGCUGUGAUCUAAUUUUAGCUGCAAGAAUUUAUGUGAAGCUUCAUCGUCGCUUGUAUAAUAAGCUAAUAACCUGAGUUUAGUUGUGGGAUGAUCGUCGGCUCUAGCCGUUUAGUGUUCAAGUUUAUUCUCCAGAGUGAGCUGUUCGUUGAGUUGUAUCUGGAAUUUUAGGAGGCAAUGCUUUUUGGGCUGCUGAUCCUCACAAGUUGUUGUCAUGGUUAUUGGGUCAACAUGAAGCUCGAUUGACGGGUCGGUUGUUGUUUCCUUCA